UGAAAACAGUUUCUCACUUGUUAUCAUACUUUUGGCCUUAAACAUAAAGAGUUGUUAAACUCUUAAUACAUAGUUCAAUGUAUUUGAGUAUAAAAAUUUGACCCAAAUUAUCACUCCAAUGAUUUAAUGUUAAUGAUUUAAUAGCAAAGACGGUUGAACAAUGCAGUAACCAAAUUCAAUCUUGAAGCUUGAUUAGUAAAUCAGAGAAUCAUUGCCAAUGAUUUGAUUAUAUUUAUAUUAAGUCGAUCAUAAAGCUUUCUUGUUUGCUUGUAUGAAUGUAAAGUUGAAAAGAUACUCCAAUGAUGAAGGAAUCAAGUUCAGGUUCACGAAUUUACAAUCUGGUUGACUUUUAUAACCAAUCGGAUCCUCUUUUCUGGUCAAAUGUUACAGAAUGUGUUACAAGUGCAAGUGACCUUACCAAUGGUUUAAUUGAUAGCCAAUCUUAUAGUGAUACAUCAACGCGGAUACCAGUGGUACCUUCACUUGGACCAGGUUGGACCAACAGUGACUCCUAUCUGUAUCCCAAUCAAUCUCAACCAGGAGCCACCAAUUCAUCCAUUAACCUGUCAACCUCACGAUUACUGGUUGAAUGUUUAAAGCUAAGGAUUGGCUCAGCACCGUACAUUCUGGUUCCUUGGGCUCGAGUCAUUUGGAUCCUCUUGUUUACCGGUAUCAUCACAGUGACUGUUAUUGGUAAUGCUCUAGUCAUAUGGAUAAUUUUAGCCCAUAUCCGAAUGAGAACCAUUACCAAUCUGUUUCUCCUUAAUUUGGCUCUGGCCGAUCUACUUAUGGCUCUUUUUAAUACAGCCUUCAACUUUACUUGGAUGUUGAAUAGCCAUUGGCCUUUCGGCAGUGUCUACUGUUCAAUCAACAAUUUUAUCGCCCACUUAACUGUCUUCUCUUCUGUUUUCAUCUUGACCGUUAUGAGCAUUGACAGAUACAUUGCCAUUGUCAGGCCAUUAAGCUCUCGAAUGUCUCGUCGGACAACUUUAAUUACACUCAAUUUAAUCUGGAUUAUUGGAGCAAUCAUUUCACUUCCCAAUUUGCUCUUCUCAAUGACAGUAACCUACAUCUAUCCAGAUGGAUCUUUAAGGACGGUUUGCUUGUUGAAAUGGCCUGAUGGCUUUGCUGGUUACUCUUCGUUUGAUUACAUUUAUAAUAUACUUUUCCUGGUCAUCACUUAUUUUGUGCCUGUGAUUACAAUGGCAGCAACAUAUCCACAGAUGAUUUCGGUACUUUGGGGAAGUCAAAACAUUGGUGAAAUAACUGAGCGUCUUAAGAGUGCCAUAAAAGCCAAGCGAAAGAUCGUCCGAAUGCUGAUUUCCGUUGUGUUUAUAUUUGUCAUCUGUUGGCUACCUUACCAUAUAUAUUUUUUGAUUGUGUUUCAUUUUCCCAAAAUAUCUCAUUAUAAAAACAUUCAAAAUAUAUAUUUAGCUAUUUACUGGUUGGCAAUGUCCAAUUCAAUUUACAAUCCUGUGAUAUAUUACAAAAUGAAUGGAAGAUUCAGACGUUACUUUCAAAGUAUCCUUUGCUUUUGCCGUUCAACCCAAAAGGAUCCAGGCGAUUCCAAAUGGAAUAACCUGUCAAUGCAUCGAAGAGUUGCCGGUAAACGCUUUUAUCCCAACAAUAUGAACAAUACAGGUGCAAAUGUCAACCAUUCAACUCGAUCAACUCGGUCCAACACUUGUAGAUCGCUAACCAAUGGGUCCGUUGAUGUGGCUCGAAUGACGGAAAUCAAUUCAAACUGUAAUCCAUGAAGAUACAAGUUUGCUCCAAAUGAACAACUCAAUGUUUGUAUUGAAAUACAAAUUGUACAAUUAUUAUUAUUAAUAUUUAAUAUGUUAUUGAAACAAAUUGUUUUUAUUUUCACUACGUAAUUGUAAAUCAAGUUAAUGCCUGAUAUAAACAAAUGUGUAUACAUCAUGACAAGUAAAGUAUUAAAAAGAUGC